AUGCAAGAACUUGCGGAUCGCACGCAGGCACAUGCCAAACCUGCGCCGGCCUUCGCUCUUGGAGCUAACAUAAACGACGUCAUUUCAGCUAUUGCAAAGCUAGAGUGCCUUGGUCUUGCAAAGUUCGACAUUCCGUUGCCAAAGUGCGUCGUCCUCGGUGAACAGUCCACCGGGAAAUCGUCUGUAAUAGAGGCGAUAUCAGGAAUCAAGACGCCUCGAUCAACGGACACCUGCGCUCGAUGCCCGUUGUUCAUUACGAUGAAUCCUGGAAAUCACAAGACCAACCCUGAUAACCAACAUACCUGGACUGCGCAGGUCAAGCUGCGCAUCAAUUGUGAAUUCAUUCCUGGAAGGACUCCGCGCGGACAGCCUAUCAGGCGCUACACUUGGAAGCCGCUUCCAGCUCCACGCGAGGAAGACUUCGCCUUUACAAAUGACUACAAGGAGCUCGAAGAAAUCAUUGCUCGAGCGCAAUUGGCAUUGCUGAAUCCAAGCACUGAUACAAGGAAGUUUAUCACCUCAGCUCAUCAGCUGAGAGAGAGUCGCGAAACUGAGUUCUGUCCGAACUUGGUGUGUAUCGAGAUUACUGCGCCUGGCUUGCCUGCCUUAUCCUUCUACGACCUCCCAGGUGUAAUUGGCCAAACCGAAGACUCGUCGCAUGAGUUCCUAGUCAAGCUUGUCCACGAUCUAGUCACCGACUACGUCAAGGAUCCUGAGUCAUUGAUCCUUGUUACUUGUUCGUUGGCAAACGACAUGGCAAAUUCGUCUAUGACCCAGAUUGCCAAUAGGAAUAAUGCGAUUCAUCGUUGCAUCGGCGUAUUGACUAAGCCUGACCUUCCUAGCGGAAGUAGCGACGUCACAAUUCGAAAGGUCCUCAGCGGACAAGCGUACAGAUUGGGGCAUGGAUAUUUUGUGGUGAAGAAUCUCUCCCAAGAAGACAUCAAGAAGGGUGUGUCACACGCAGACGCCCGGCUACAAGAGGAAGAGUUCUUCAGUACCAAUGAGCCUUGGUUAAGCUCCGAAUACCAGGAUCGGUUUGGAACACCAAGGCUACAGUCCUUCCUCUCGAAGGAGCUAGCCGCACAGUCUCUCAGGGCUCUGCCUGAGAUCGAUGGAAAGAUUGCAGCUUGUCUCAAAGACAUUGACAAUGAGCUUGAGAAGAUUCCCUCUCCUCCGUCUUCUUUUAACGCCGUCCGUGCUAUUUUUGACAAGGUCCACAAGUUUUCUGAAGAUGUACGAAAGGAUAUUGAGGGCGAUAAUGAGCAUACUGCUUGGCGCAAACUCUGGAAGGAGCUGUGCACUGAAUUUGCUGAUUGCCUUGCUGACCUCAAGCCUGUUUUAAAGACAGUGGGCAGACUUGAUCACGGAAUUCUCCGAAAUCAGCAGGCAGGAAAGUCUGUUGACAAUUCGAUCGUCAAUGACUCCGGUCAUGAAGAAGACGAUGAAGAGUCAGGAUCCGUGAGUCCGAAGAAGCGGAAGCUGGACAGCUCUUCUCAGCCUGUCACACCGUCGAAAGUACUGCUUAAGAACCCAUCAAUCCCCGCAUCUCGGAUAUCUACGCCUGCCCCAGGUAUUCCCAAGGCCCGAAAGGCCAAGGCGAACGACACGAAGCGACCCGUAAAUCCGCUGCGAACUGCCUACGACCUUGACGAAGUUGCCCGAAGCCUGUCUCAGUAUUCUACGACGCGAAUGCCUGGUCAUGUCGACCCGAAGAUCAUCGAACGCAUGAUUCUUCGCACCCUAGACCACUGGGAUAGUCCGCUCAAGAUGUUCUUUGGCAGCCUUAAUCGCCAUUUGCGUGAACGUCUUACGGCCAUCUUCAACAAACACUUUGAGCAGUGGGACCAAUCUCUCGUGUACGCUAUUGGACUGCAUGUGAUCAACACGACUAUCCAGUUUAACAUUGAUGAGCAGUGCAAUUCCAUGGCGAAAGACAGCCUAGCAGAUGAGCGCGAUGGUCCUCACAUUAUCAGCAAUGAAGUUCAUCAGUUCUUCCAUAAAAAGGUCCUGGAUACGUACACCACCGCUCGGCAACAGCAGCGAGAGAAGGUGUACCAGAACGAAUACGAUGCGCUAUUUGGCAAGAAAAUGACAGCAGCUGAGCAAGAGAAAGCGAAGAUUGCUGCUCGUCAGGAGCCUUACAAGGUGGAAGUCGAGAUGGUUGCCAUGAUUACGUCCUACUACAUGAUGGCGUCCUGUCGUUUCGUUGACUCGGUUUGUAUGAGGGUUGAGUCGAAGUUCUUCAAGUUCCUCAAGACCCAAUUGGGCGAGGAAAUGAUUUCACAGAUGGGAAUUCUUGGUGACCAAGGUAUGUGCCACUUUACGUUACACUGGCUUCACUCAAUAUUAACCUUACACUAA